UCAGUCGGUUUGACGGAGAAAGGAAGAACAAAAGGAGCCAUGGCAUCUACUUCUUACACUGAAGAUUUGACUUGUCCUAUUUGUCUGACGAUCUUCACUGAUCCUGUAAUCCUCCCAUGUGGUCACUCUUUCUGCAGAGAAUGUAUUUCACUUUCUCUUAGUAAACUGUGCCAGUGUCCACAGUGUCGGGCAGCUGUUCCAAAAGAAGGGAAAUGUCUACUGACCAAUCACAUUUUGAAAAGUCUGGCUGAAAAAGAAGCUGAGAAGCUGAAGGGAAAGCAUGGAGGUGGAGAGGUUGAUGACUGGUUGUGCCCUGAACAUGAAGAAAAGCUGAAAUUGUUCUGCGUCACAGAUCAGCAGUUAGCUUGUAUCAUAUGCCGAGAUGGGGAGAGGCAUGAAGGACACAAGUUUAAACCAAUCAAAGAAGCAGCUGCAUCCGUGAGGAAGGAGUUGGAGAAGUUUCUGCAAAAGGUUUCUGAUGAUAUCUGUGCUGUAGAGAGCAUAGGGAACAAACAGAGGGAAGAAAUAACUAAAACUAAAGAGAAGUCUCAGCAGCUGAUGACCCAAAUCUGCAGACAGUUUGUGGAGAUGCAUCAGUUUCUGAGACAGAGAGAAGAUGAGAUCAAGAAAGACCUCAAAGACAAAGAGGAAGAGGCCAUGGAGAAGAUGAGCAAGGCAUUGAAUGCUGUAGAAACAGCUUUGUCUGAGAACAGAGAGCUGGAGGGAAAGGUGACAUCAGUUCUGAAAAUCCCAGACUAUGAGAAGUUCUUAAAGAGCUGGACUGAGGAAAACAGCAUGAAGACUUCAAAGCGCUCAUUUAAGCCCAGAGGUGGAAAUCUCCAAGUGGUGAAUCCUCCACUCUCUUUGGGGCCUCAUGAAAGUCACCUGCAGUUCUUUAUGUGGAAGGAGAUGCUUCAGGUGAUCCAGCCCCGAGCUGAAGAGCUGUCACUCAAAAGUGACAGCGAGAACAUAACAGUGUCUGAAGAUGGGAGGAAUUUGAUGUAUAGCCCCAACAUUGUCAUGUCUGAUCAGAACAGUGGAUACCAUGGUCUGGAUUUAGGCUACAGUUACUGUCACUACUGUGGCAGUGCACAGGAUUCCUAUUCACAUUACACUGAGGACACCUCAGUACGAUAUGCAUCUGCAUUCAGCACCAAUCAGUUCACCUCUGGGCAGCAUUACUGGGAAAUCGAGUUCUUUGAAAGACUGGUACUGACCCAACUGAAGGACAUCACAGACGGCCUGGACGCCCAAAGAAGUCCUCCGGUCCAAUUCAACUCAGUGUUCAACGACAUCAUCUCACAAGUCCUCCGGUCCACACUCACCAAGCUCACUGCGCCCACCUCCACCUGUUGUUUGAUCACAAACUCCCACAAACACAAACUUACACCAACAGACAAGCAGCAGUCAGUCUGUUUGGAUGAGCAAGGCAAAACAAAAGGAGCCAUGGCAUCUGCCUCUUACACUGAAGAUUUGACUUGUUCAAUUUGUCUGAAGAUCUUCACUGAUCCUGUAAUCCUCCAAUGUGGUCACUCUUUCUGCAGAGAAUGUAUUACGCUCUCUCUGAGCUCACUGCCCGAGUGUCCACAGUGUCGGGCAGCUGUUGCAAAAGAAGGGAAAUGUCUUGUGACCAGUCACAUUUUGAAAAGUCUGGCUGAAAAAGAAGCUGAGAAGUUGAGGAGAAAGCAUGGAGAUGAAGAGGUUGAUGACUGGUUGUGCCCUGAACAUGAAGAAAAGCUGAAAUUGUUCUGCGUCACAGAUCAGCAGUUAGCUUGUAUCAUAUGCCGAGAUGGGGAGAGGCAUGAAGGACACAAGUUUAAACCAAUCAAAGAAGCAGCUGCAUCCGUGAGGAGGGAGCUGGAGAUGUUUGUGGAACAGGUUUCUGAUGAUAUCUGUGCUGUAGAGAGCCUGGCCAACAAACAGAGGGAAGAAAUAACAAAAACUAAAGAGAAGUCUAAGCAGCUGAUGACCCAAAUCUGCAGACAGUUUGUGGAGAUGCAUCAGUUUCUGAGACAGAGAGAAGAUGAGAUCAAGAAAGACCUGAAAGACAAAGAGGAAGAGGCCAUGGAGAAGAUGAGCGAGGCAUUGAAUGCUAUGGAAACAGCUUUGUCUGAGAACAGAGAGCUGGAGGGAAAGGUGACAUCAGUUCUGAAAAUCCCAGACUAUGAGAAGUUCUUAAAGAGCUGGACUGAGGAAAACAGCAUGAUGACUGAAAAACACUGUCUUAGGCCCAGAGGAGGAAAUCUCCAAGUGGUGAAUCCUCCACUCUCUUUGGGGCCUCAUGAAAGUCACCUGCAGUUCUUUAUGUGGAAGGAGAUGCUUCAGGUGAUCCAGCCCCGAGCUGAGGAGCUGUCACUCAAAAGUGACAGCAAAAACAUAACAGUGUCUGAAGAUGGGAGGAAUUUGAUGUAUAGCCCCAACAUUGUCCAAUAUCAGCACUACAACACAUUAUUUGGAUCGUCACUGUCAUCCUGUCACUACUGUGGCAACAGUAGGGUCAAACCAAGUUACACUGAGGACACCUCAGUACGAUAUGCAUCUGCAUUCAGCACCAAUCAGUUCACCUCUGGGCAGCAUUACUGGGAAAUCGAGGUAGGAAAAAGGGACUAUUGGAAAGUAGGGGUAAAAGAUUAUUUCCUUUGCUAUAAUGAACCAAAAUAUGUCACAUCUAGUCAAGACGCAGAGUUAACAUUUACAGGAACCCCUCAAAAGAUUGGGAUUUACCUCGACUGCAUGUCAGAGGAGUUGUCUUUCUAUGAUGCAGAAAACAUGACACAUAUUCACACUAUGAGAGAAGGCUCUCUGUCAGUGCCAGCGGAAGCUUAUUUUGAAUACAAAUUUAGUAAGGGAGCAGAUCAUAACCCCCUGAGAGUGUGCUUGUUCUGAGGUCUGGGAUAAUGGGGCUGUGGUAAAACAGGAUCUGCAGAUCAGAUGGCCGCCUCAGUCCUUAGCUCUUUUUGACUUUCACUGUUUUUGUUUAUCUGUUCCACGAUCAUCCUGGUCCUCAUCAAACCCUCCAUCACGCUACUCAUUAACUAUAGACCUGUUACCCCUGACGUUUGUGGUAAUGAAGUCCUUUGAAAGACUGGUACCAACCCAGUUGAAGGACAUCAAAGACCCUCUGCUGGAGCCCAUGCAGUUUACCUUCAGGGUAAACAGGCCAGUGGAUGAUGCAGUCAAUGCAGCACUGCACUACAUCCUGUAAUACCUUAACUCCCCAGGGACGUAGGCAGGAGCCUGUUUGAGGAUUUCAUUUCAGAGUUCAACAACAUAAUCUCACAAGUCCUCUUGUCCAAACUCACCUAGCUCACUUUGCCUGCCUCCACCUGUUGCUCGAUCGCAAACUUCCUAAAAGACAGGAAGCAGCAGGUGACGCUGAACAGCCGGACAGUCAGCACUGGUGUCCCAGAGGGAUGUGUGCUCUCCCCACUGCGCUUCUUACUCUAAACUAUCGACUACACCUCAGGAGAACAACCUGUUAAACACCUGAAAACUGCAGACCACACAACAGUGAUCGGGCUCAUCUGAGACGGUGACAAGUCUGCAUACAGACUGGAGGUGGAACAGCUGGCCCUCCAGGGCAGUCAUAAUUUACCCUUAUAUAGUACGUGGUGAUUUAUGUUACCAUACUUCUCUGCCUGAUGUUUAAUAAAAGCUACUGUAUGCUGUUAACAUGUCUUGGACAGGAUAUACCAUUAGUAUGUCUAUGUACAAUAGUAGAGUCAAAACAAGUGUCCUGUUGACCCAUGUGUUGUGUUACAUUUACUUUAAAAUAAUAAUAAAAACAGUAAUGGAGGCAUAAUCAAUAACCUAUAGUCAAUAAUGUGUACAGGAAUUGUUCCUUCGCUUGUAAGUUUGUGCUUGACUGUGCAGAAUGUUGCUGAGUCUGGGGGAGGGGAAGUUUCUCUGUGCUCACCUUAAAUCUGACUUUAAGGAUGCUCCAGCAGGAUAUUAUGUUCCAUUUUAUGCACUUGGAAUAACUCUGUGCAAAAACAGGCAAAAUAAAUCAAACAUUUAGAGGCAUAUUGCAGCAUUUUUGAUUCAUUUCUGUGACAUAUUCUGUAUGGUAGCACAAUCUAUGUAAUAAAUAAUCACCAUUCUUUUUUGUUA